AACAGCUGCACCUGUUGAGGUAUACCUGCUGUCGCCGGCACCUGUCCUCACAGCCAAUCAGCACACUGCCGGGAACCUACCUGUCAGCAAAAUCCCGACACACAAACCUCAACAUAAAUCAAACACUUCCCUGGGCAGGGAAUGUCUGUGUCAGGCAAGAAUUAAAGACAAGCGGUCAGCGGAGCCUCAGUGCCGGCCGUCGGAGCCUGGGAGCAGGAAGAUGUCGAAUGAACUCGAUUUCAGGUCUAUGCGUCUGCUAAAGAAUGACCCCGUCAACUUCCAGAAGUUUCCCUACACUAACGAGGAUGAAGCCUGGAAGACCUACCUGGAAAACCCCUUGACGGCCGCCACGAAGGCCAUGAUGAGGGUCAAUGGGGAUGAUGACAGCGUGGCGGCCCUGAGCUUCCUCUACGAUUACUAUAUGGGUCCCAAGGAGAAGCGGAUACUGUCCUCCAGCACCGGGGGCCGGAAUGACCAAGGGAAGAGGUAUUACCACAGCAUGGAAUACGAAGCAGAUCUCGCCCCUCUUGAGAGCCCCACACACCUCAUGAAAUUCCUGACCGAGAAUGUGUCUGGAACCCCAGAAUACCCAGAUCUGCUCAAGAAGAACAACUUGAUGAGCUUGGAAGGGGUGGUGCCCACCCCUGGGAAGGCCACGCCCCUCCCCCCAGGCCCCAGCAAGCUGGAAGCUGGCUCUGUGGACAGUUACCUAUUGCCCACCAGUGAUGUGUAUGAUAACAGCUCCCUCAACUCCUUGUUUGAGAGCAUUCAUGGGACACCGCCUACCCAGCGCUGGCAGCCAGAUAGCACCUUCAAAGAUGACCCACAGGAGACACUGCUCUUUCCAGAUAUCCUGAAAACCUCCCCAGAGCCCACAUGUCCAGAGGACUACCCCAGCCCCAAGAGUGACUUCGAGUACACCCUGGGCUCCCCUAAAGCCAUCCACAUCAAGUCUGGAGAGUCACCCAUGGCCUACCUCAACAAGGGCCAGUUCUACCCUGUCACCCUGCGGACCCCAGCAGGGGGCAAAGGCCUUGCCUUGUCCUCCAACAAAGUCAAGAGUGUGGUGAUGGUUGUCUUCGACAAUGAGAAGGUGCCAGUGGAGCAGCUGCGGUUCUGGAAGCACUGGCAUUCCCGGCAACCCACGGCCAAGCAGCGGGUCAUCGACGUGGCUGACUGCAAAGAAAACUUCAACACCGUGCAGCACAUUGAGGAGGUGGCCUAUAACGCACUGUCCUUCGUGUGGAACAUCAAUGAGGAGGCCAAGGUAUUCAUCGGUGUCAACUGCUUGAGCACAGACUUUUCCUCACAGAAAGGGGUGAAGGGUGUUCCCCUGAACCUGCAAAUUGACACCUAUGACUGUGGCUCGGGCACUGAGCGCCUCGUACACCGUGCUGUCUGCCAGAUCAAGAUCUUCUGUGACAAGGGAGCAGAGAGGAAAAUGAGAGACGAUGAGCGGAAGCAGUUCCGGAGGAAAGCCAAAUGCCCCGACUCCAGCAACAGUGGCAUCAAAGGCUGCCUGCUGUCCAGCUUCCGGGGCAAUGAGACCACCUUCCUGCGGCCUGAGACAGACCUGGAGACCCCACCAGUUCUGUUCAUUCCCAACGUGCACUUCUCCAGCCUGCAGCGUCCAGGAGGGACACUCCCCUCGGCAGGGCCCAGCAGCUCUAACAGGCUGCCCCUGAAGCGCACCUGCUCACCCUUCGCUGAGGAGUUUGAGCCUGUGCCCUCCAAGCAGGCCAAGGAAGAUGACCUCCAGAGAGUUCUGUUGUAUGUGCGGAGGGAAACCGAGGAGGUAUUUGAUGCCCUUAUGUUGAAGACACCAGACCUGAAGGGGCUGAGGAAUGCGAUCUCUGAGAAGUAUGGGUUCCCCGAAGAGAACAUUUACAAAGUCUACAAGAAAUGCAAGCGGGGAAUCCUGGUUAACAUGGACAACAACAUCAUUCAGCAUUACAGCAACCACGUUGCCUUCUUGCUGGACAUGGGGGAACUUGAUGGCAAGAUUCAGAUCAUCCUUAAGGAGUUGUAA